AUGCCCCCACCAGAAAAGCACGGCGGCGGCUAUGUGCCGGCCCUCAGUGGACGGCUCUCGUUCCCCAUCCAAAGACGAUCUACAACCCAGCCUGAACAAAAUGCAAAAGCGACUCCCAGAGACAGCUACCAGUACUUGGAGGGCUCAAAAGGUGUCUCUCACUCCACGAGAAAUGAGCUGCAUGGAGGGCGCUUUCAUCCCCCUCCUCGAGCAUACACCAGCAACCCCAAAAACAACCACAAUCACAACUACAACCAGAGCCAACAGGCUCAUCUUGGACGUCCAGCACGAGUAGAAACGAUGCCUCAUCUUCAGUAUCAUGGUAAGAAUCAUGGCGGUGCUUACGUACCCAAUAUUGCAUGUUCGCCGUUUCACACGCGGAAUCCCGCCGAUUAUCGCUCGAAUACAACAGAUGGCGCCUUUCCCGUCAGAAAAGACGGACCAUAUGGAGUGGGAGCGCCAGAAGAGGCUGGUCGUCGAGAUGAACGGCAUGGGGGAGGUUAUGUUCCUGGGUUCAAUACAGCUGGGACAAAUAUCCCGCGUUCGCAGGAUGAACGAAAUAGGUUUUUGAAGUACUUGGAAAGGUGA